CUGAGUUGAGGUUACUGCGUUAUGUUUGAACUUUCCUUGAUUCUCCCUUCCACAAAUAAUGUGAUGUUAUUGGUAAAACGCGACGGUGCAUAAAGUCCAAGGAGUCGCCUCAUAACAUUCCUUUACGGUUUGGAAAAAAUACGAUUGCACUUGCACAGGACUUAAUUCAGCAAAAAGCUACAUAUAAUUGCUUUACAUAAUGGGUCCCUUAACGACAACUACCAGACAUGUUUUUCACAACAUUUGUAAAACUGCUGUGAAGGCAAUGUCUACAAAUGUAAUGUUAAAUCCAAAAGAUGAACCAAAAGAAAUAAUACUUAAAUAUUUGGAUGGAAAGGACAAUGGCAUUGCAGUAUUGGGACUGAAUCGGCCAAAUGUUUGUAAUGCACUUGGAAAGACUUUAGUUAAUCAGUUAACCGAUGCUAUUUCUUCCAUGAAAGAGGAUUCAAAGUUGCAAGUAUUGAUUAUUCGCAGCAUGAUACCAAAAAUUUUCUGUGCUGGUGCUGAUUUACGAGAAAGAACAAUAAUGGACACUAAAGGCACUGCCCAAUUUGUUUCGUGCUUAAGAAACAUGAUGAACAACAUAGAAUCUUUACCGACCCCAGUGAUAUCUGCCAUUGAUGGUGCCGCAUUAGGCGGAGGAUUAGAGCUUGCUUUAGCCACAGAUAUCAGAGUCGCAGCAUCAGAAGCUACAAUGGGUCUUGUCGAAACAAAAUGGGCAAUUAUUCCAGGCGCCGGUGGUACACAACGACUUCCAAGAAUAAUCGGACCUGCUAAAGCAAAAGAACUCAUUUAUACGGCACGUUUAAUUGACGGUCAAGAAGCGAUGAAAAUUGGUCUGAUAAAUCAAGUAGUUCCACAAAAUAAAGAGGGGGAUGCUGCUUAUCAGUCUGCUUUAUCUAUAGCCAGAGAAAUUUUACCCAAUGGACCACUUGGAGUAAGAGUGGCAAAAACGGCGAUAUCAAAGGGACUUCAAGGAUCUAUCACCGAUGGGCUUGAAAUUGAGGAACAAUGUUACAAUGAAAUUGUACAUUCAAAAGACAGACUCGAAGGACUUGCAGCAUUUGCAGCAAAGCGUAUGCCCGUUUAUCAGGGAAUGUAAACACAGAAAAUUGACGGGCAUUAUGACUUACGCUUAAAUGACAUAUCGAAAACGUGCAUUUUAAUACUGAUAUUAAAAGCUGGGAACAUGCCUCUUUUU